AUUAUUUCGAUGAGAAUUGCAUCACUACACGUGAAGUCUUACAGACCAUCGGCUCGUUUCCGGUCGUGCACUUUAGUGCUUUUUUCAUAAUUUAUUAUUAAUUAACUUGCUGGUGUAUUGCAUUGAGUUACAUCAAUAAACCUCAAAAUGUUGGGAGCAUCGAGAUUGUUAAUCCGCAAUUGCAACGGACUUGCACAGGAUUUUGGCAAACGGAGACAGUUCAGUACAAUAAUAAAAAAUUCCAUAGCUCCGACCCUGUUUGCUCCACAAAGGGAGUAUGAGGUUAACCAGUAUCGGUACAAGUCGGAGGGCGUUAAGGGUGCAGUUAUUGGUAUUGAUUUAGGUACAACAUUCUCGUGUGUUGCUGUGAUGGAAGGAAAACAAGCUAAAGUCAUUGAAAAUGCUGAGGGAUCAAGAACUACACCCUCUUACGUAGCUUUUACGAAGGAUGGAGAACGACUCGUGGGGAUGCCAGCAAAACGCCAGGCUGUUACCAAUUCGUCAAACACAUUUUAUGCUACCAAACGUUUGAUUGGUAGAAAAUUCGAGGAUCCUGAGGUCAAGAAAGACAUGAAAACUGUAUCGUACAAAAUAGUUAGAGCUUCGAAUGGUGAUGCUUGGGUUCAAGGUGGCGACGGAAAGAUGUAUUCACCAAGUCAAAUUGGUGCCUUCAUACUUAUGAAAAUGAGGGAAACCGCUGAGGGGUACAUGAAUACCCCAGUAAAGAAUGCAGUUGUCACCGUACCAGCUUACUUCAACGAUUCUCAGAGACAAGCAACGAAAGAUGCUGGUCAAAUUGCUGGUCUCAAUGUACUCAGGGUCAUCAAUGAACCGACAGCUGCUGCACUCGCUUAUGGAAUGGACAAGACCGACGAUAAAAUUAUUGCAGUUUAUGAUCUUGGUGGUGGUACCUUUGAUAUUUCCAUUUUAGAGAUUCAAAAGGGUGUUUUCGAGGUGAAAUCAACAAAUGGGGAUACUUUCCUCGGUGGAGAGGACUUCGACAAUGCUCUUGUAACCUAUUUGGCUAAUGAAUUCAAGAAGGAUCAAGGCAUUGACGUAGCUAAAGAUGCCAUGGCAAUGCAGAGAUUGAAAGAGGCAGCAGAGAAAGCGAAAAUUGAAUUGUCCAGCUCCUCGCAGACUGACAUCAAUCUUCCUUACUUGACCAUGGACGCGAGUGGACCAAAACACUUGAAUCUCAAACUGUCUCGUAGUAAAUUUGAGAGUCUAGUUGGUGAUCUCAUUAAGAGGACCAUUCAACCGUGUCAGAAAGCCCUUUCUGAUGCCGAGGUUGCUAAAUCCGAUAUUGGUGAGGUCCUACUCGUUGGUGGUAUGACUAGGGUACCUAAAGUUCAACAGACCGUCCAGGAAAUAUUUGGGAGGACGCCAUCGAGGGCUGUAAAUCCGGAUGAAGCUGUUGCUGUUGGUGCUGCUGUUCAGGGAGGAGUUCUUGCUGGAGAUGUCACCGAUGUAUUGCUUCUCGAUGUUACUCCAUUAUCUCUAGGUAUCGAAACACUCGGUGGAGUCUUCACAAGGCUAAUCUCAAGGAAUACAACAAUUCCAACGAAGAAGAGUCAGGUAUUUUCAACAGCGGCUGAUGGACAGACUCAGGUAGAAAUUAAAGUCCAUCAGGGUGAACGUGAAAUGGCCAAUGACAAUAAACUACUCGGGCAGUUUACACUUGUUGGUAUUCCGCCAGCUCCACGUGGAGUUCCACAGAUUGAAGUUACUUUUGACAUCGAUGCCAAUGGAAUUGUCCACGUGUCUGCUAGGGACAAGGGAACAGGAAAAGAGCAACAGAUUAUUAUUCAGUCCAGUGGUGGUCUCAGCAAAGAUGAGAUCGAGAACAUGGUGAAGAACGCCGAGCAGUACGCGAAAGAAGACAGAAUUAAAAAAGAACGUGUUGAGGCUGUAAAUCAGGCAGAAGGUAUUGUUCAUGAUACUGAGGCUAAGAUUGAGGAAUUCAAAGCACAAUUACCACAGGAAGAGUGUGACAAACUGAGGGAACUUAUCGCUAAAGUCAGAGAAGUUUUGGCUAAGAAGGACGAAAUGGAUCCUGAAGAAAUUAAGAAACAGUCCAACGAGCUGCAGCAAGCUAGUCUCAAGCUCUUCGAGAUGGCUUACAAAAAGAUGGCUGCUGAACGCGAGGGAAAUCAAGGAGCCUCGCAACAGCAGGAGCAACCACCAGAAGGCGAGAAGAAAGAGGAGAAAAAUUAAGCCCCACAAAUACUGUUAUAUAACUUAAAAUUUCUCGAACGUCGAAUAACUGAGGCUUUCUCGUUCGGCUGAGCCGAUGGAUAUCUUCAGGUUUUCAAGUUUAUUGCUCUUUCCGAACGAACGAUUAUCAUCCGAUAAUUAAUGAAUCAUUACAAUUUCCUGUAAUUGAGUUAGCUACAUGAAUUUCCAAUUGCUCUGAGAAAAGAAAAUCUGGAUCUUGAGAUUCUCAUGAAUUUUAUUGGCAAACGCUCAA